AUGGACCAUAGAUUUCAAAAGCUCGCGCCAGCUGUCACAUCAUCAGAACGGAUUGAAAGCUCGUAUUCUGUCCAGAUUGGCUUUCGUGUAAGACCGGUAGCCUAUAUUCGAGGGGCUCGGGCCAGCUUGUAGCUGCGUUUUCGUAACAGGGAAGCCGUUUCGCAGAUUUUCGAAUACGCCGGUCCGAUAUCCGUAUUUUAAUGCUGUUCUAUCAGGCGGUACCAUUGUUGUCAGUGGUGGUUUUCCUAGCGGGUAGGAGCGAAGCAGCAGACGGAAACAUGAGUUUGGACGCGAUUCUGGGCAAAAAAUACAAGCUCGCCGAGAGCGACAACUUCGACGAGUUCAUGAAGGCGAUUGGUGUGGGUUUGGUAACCAGGAAAAUCGCAAAUGCGGUAUCCCCAGUUCUGGACCUUUCGAAGGAGGGAGACGAAUACAUCAUCACCCAAAAAUCCACCUUCAAGAACAUGAUCAUCAGGUUCAAACCCGGAGUGGAGUUCGUGCAAGACACGCCCGACGGUAGAUCUGUCAACUCUGUCAUCACCAUCGAGGGCAACAAGCUCCACGAGGUUCAGAAGGACGAGGGCGGCAAAAACACCGUCAUCGACAGGGUCUUCACCGAUACCGAAGUCAAAAUGACCAUGAACCAUGGUGAAGUCUCAGCAACCAGAAUCUACAAGCUUCAAGAAUAAGAACUUCCAUCUCCAAUUUAUUUAGGCAUAGUUCCUCGUUCAUGUCGAACAAAAUCCAUCUGUUAAUCUAGGUAUUUUAGGUUAUACACACACGUCACUGGGAAUCAUAAGUACUGUGAAUUCUCAUGUUUUGUUUAGUCUGAUUUUAUAUAAUGUGGCAUUAAAUUAAAAAAUAAAAUAUUAUUUUAAAAA